AUGAGACUCGACAAGUUCCAAAAAGAACAACUCACCUUUGGCACACCCACACCAAUCCAACACCUACCCCGUCUCUCCGAAGCUCUAGGCAACAAAGUUCAAAUCUACGCAAAACGCGAAGACUGCAACUCGGGCCUCGCCUUCGGCGGCAACAAAACCCGAAAACUCGAGUAUGUAAUCCCUGAAGCUAUUUCAGGUGGUUAUGAUACACUGGUCUCAAUUGGUGGUGUGCAGUCAAACCAGACCCGUCAGGUAGCUGCUGUAGCUGCCAAACUGGGUAUGAAGUGUGUGCUGGUGCAGGAGAAUUGGGUCAAUUACAAUGAUUCUGUGUAUGACCGUGUUGGAAACAUUGAGUUGAGCAGAAUCAUGGGUGCGGAUGUGCGACUCAACGAGGCUGGAUUUGACAUCGGUAUCAGACCUUCGUGGGAAGAAGCCAUGCAGGAGAUCAAGGAUAAAGGUGGAAAGCCGUAUCCUAUUCCUGCUGGUUGUUCAGAGCACAAGUACGGAGGUCUUGGAUUCGUAGGAUUCGCUCAGGAAGUCAUGGAGCAGGAGAAAGAACUGGGAUUCAAGUUCGACUACAUUGUUGUUUGUGCAGUCACUGGAUCUACUCAGGCUGGUAUGGUCGUUGGGUUUGCCUCUGAUGGCAGGGCCCAAAGGGUCAUCGGUAUCGACGCUUCCGCAAAGCCCGAAAAGACCCACGCGCAGAUUUUGAGAAUUGCUCAGAACACCGCAGAGCUUGUCGAACUAGGUCGCGAGAUCACAGCCGAGGACGUCGUUCUGGACACACGAUUUGGUGGACCCGAGUAUGGCCUGCCAAACGAUGGUACGAUGGAAGCUAUCAGACUUGCUGCCAGGACUGAAGGAAUGUUGACUGACCCCGUUUAUGAGGGCAAGAGUAUGGACGGCUUGAUCCAGAUGGUCAAGAAGGGCGAGUUCCCGGAAGGAAGCAAAGUCUUGUAUGCGCACCUUGGUGGUGCGCCUGCAUUGAGCGCAUAUGCAGGUAUCUUCAAGCAAGGUUAG